ACAAACCCCAAAUGCUGGUGGAUAUUCCAAUACUUAGAUUUACCAACCAGCACAAAACAGCUUCUGUAUUUCCUCACUGGUUACUCAGAAUCCAAACACCGCAGUUCCCUUAAAGUGCCCAGCCUCAGGCCUCCAUCCACAAACACGUCAGAUACGAUGAUGAUUCCUGAAAAUCUUCUCUCAUCAUAUAAAAGAAAAGGUCCUUCCAAUCCCAAAGGAUCGGCCACACACCCAGGUCCCAUUAUAACUUAGAUGUUACCCAAAAUACACGCUACAGCCAAUUCUUACUAACUAAACAAAAAUGUAUUAAAAAGGAAAAGAGAGAGUGUUGGUUAAAAGAUCAAUAUACAUUCACAUCUUGAGGUUCAGACACAGCAGAGAUGAGUUUGUAGUUGCGAAAAGUCCUUUUAGAAAUAGUCCAGAGGUUAUAGGGCAAUGUCCAUAUUCAGGGUGACUCCAGUCAGUGACUGGGAUCUCAAUUCCUAUGGCUCAGGGGUUUCCCCUUCUUGAAACCCAGAGCAAAUCGGAGAUAUAACAGGAUGGUGUCCCAGGGUUAUUAGACAUUUUCCAGAGCCUCUUGGCCUGAGAGAGUCAGUUUAACAUGGGUAAUAAUCUUCUGUCUCCCAACCAUCCUGGCAAUUAGCACAGGGUAAUUUAUCCAUUGAACAGUUCAGACAGUUUAUCAAAACCUUCAAAGAGACACAGACAAUAACACUAUUUCACUCAAGUGUCAUCCUAAAUGUUAAUAUUCCUGUUUUAAUCUUUGAAUUGACGCUCUAGCAAUAGACAAGACUUGUUUGCUGACAUCCCAAGACUUGAGCAAACAUCUCCCCUUCUACCUCUAGCAAUGCCGGCUGCAUUUCAAAGCUCUGCUCAUUUACAGAUCUUCCUAACCCAUCUCUAAAGUUCAGAAAUGGGUCAGGUCAGUCUGUGAGUUAAUUAACUCUUUCUGGCCCUGUCACCUUUCAGUGGGAUAUUAUAUUACACUCAUAACAUCACAUGCGGAUAGAUUUUCCCAUGGGUAGAAAUUCACAAGCACCUCUUGUCAAAUUUAACAUCCAAAGCAGGUCAUGAAACAACCAGGGUCAAUGGACAAAACAACACCCCAGGAAAGCAAUGAACUACAGCCCCUCAACACAACCACCCCGUCUGCCCCUCCACUCUCAGACCCCUUCCCGGGAGCCCACCUACCGCCCGACAGCUUCACUCUGAGUCGCUAGGCGCCAUCCCUUCGCCACCCACCGUCCACAACCAGGCUGUCAUCUGAGGCCUAGGAUUGCCAAUCUGCCACCAUUGUCCUGGAGUCUCCAGCAAUUCAGGGUUAAUCUCUAAUUAAGGGUUAUGUCAUGGGACCGAACCCCCAGGAAUACGUCCAACCAAAACUGGCCACCCAAGCUGGGGGUGAUUGGAGCGGCAGUGGGUGGGAGCGAUGGCACAUUGGCAUGUCCCAGCCAGCGGAGAUCAGAUCAGCCAAGAAAAUAUGACUUCCUGGAGGUAAAGGGAGAUGGGAGGCGACCAAAAGGGGGGUGACUGAAAUGCAGCAGCUGAUGGAGAAGAUUUUACUCACCCGCAGCCACACGUACAAUUUGGUGGGGUCGCUUCGGACAGAUGACUCCAAAUUACCCCAAAUCCCCAUCACAGCUACCUGCAACCUGACAGCUCCCCCGAAUAUCGCUAGCCAGCAGUGUGGUUUAGCUAUCGGCCAACCAUUCAAGGUCGUGGCGCUAAGGACAGGUGUGGUUAGAAAUGUCUCGUAACAGAGCCAAUAAAAAUGACGUGGAAAAUUGACAGGGCCGGAUCGCCGACCCACGGUGAGAAUUCACACCCGUCGGCCCCCUGGUGUGAGAGCAGAGCAGUGAUUGGUGGCCCAGUGUAGGACGCAGCCCUGGCUGGGGAGCUGCUCCUGGGGACCAUCGCCAAGCCAGGAUGGUCCAGGAGAUGCCAGCUGCUGCUGUGCUGACCCCUGCACCAGGGCAGCCGGGCGGGGCAUCAGACCAGAUGGUCCAGCUCUAAAAACUCCAACUGCCCCAGUCUAAGUAAGAGGAAUCCUCCUCAGUCAUAUGCAGUACAGGGGCUAAGAGACACAGAUGAAUGUGGCUGAUUCUAGGGGGCAGUGGAAUGCAUGCACACACACACAUACACACGCACACACCAGCCUGUCCCUCACACAGUGAAUAGCACAUGCUCAAACACACACACACAUAUCCGGCCCUUGUCCCCCUCCUCUCGCUGCAGCCAUCUCAGAGGCACUGACCACAAAACUUUCCACCGCCCCCUGCGGCUGACGCGUCCGGAGGAUGCUGAGGCUGAGCUGAGCUGGCCCCACGGAGCCGUCCAGAGAGCAGGGACCAUGGAGCAGCUGCCAGCCCUGAGCACCGUCCUCUGCAUCGUCCUCCUCAUUCCUACCUGGGAAGCAGGUCUCACAGUCCUUCAGAGCCCUGCUGCCCUCCGAGCGUCCCCCGGCGAGACCGCGACACUCAGCUGCUCUUUCAAGAUCAGACAGGGCAGAGUGGUCAAAGCGACCUGGACCAGAGCACCCGGAGUCGUGCUGGAUUCUGCCCAUCCCUUCUACAGGGGGCGGCUCCGUAUGUCCCACCUGGAUCUGCUCCAGAAAGGAGAGGUCACACUGACCGUGUCGGAGCUGGAGCUGCGGGACUCUGGUCUCUACCAGUGUCACAUCAGCAUCCGCAAGGUAGUGAGCAGGACGGGAGUGGGCACCAAGCUGCUGGUGACGCGGAGAAACCAGAGUGACACAGAUAAAGUACCAACCCCCUCAGGGAGCUGCGCCCGGGAGCUCCUGUACCAGGUCACCAUCGCCCUGGGGCUCCUUCUCAUCCUUGGCCUGGUGGCCACCCUCCUCCUGAAGAGACACCGAGCACCGCCCCACUCGCAGCCCCGCCGGCGGCAGCCGAAGGGCCAGGGCAGCCAGGCGGGGGCGGACAGCGAGAACCUGCACUACGCAGAGAUUAAAAUCCAGACCCCAGGACGCAGGGACCACACGUCCAACCACUCCCAGCGGCGCUGAGUCCCUCACACCCAGAGCCACGCAGCCAUCGGGGAAUUCCCCACAGGAAGAGACCCUCACAGGGUUUGAGGGACAGCAGAAGUAAAUGAUGGGCGUGAAGGUCCAUGUGAACCCCAACAAAACCCAACUUACCCUUUCUACGGCAGGGCAUAAUCUACUAGGGCAUGGUCUUACCCUCAGGAAAUGCCUUCUCUGGGGCCUCCUGAAGUACUGUAUAUAUCACGUCCCUGGGUGUUAUUUCCCUGGCCUCUCUGGAGUGAUUGCAAUGCCUCCCUAUGGAACAUGAUCAGUGUGGGUAAUAAACACAGCAUCUGGUCCCUCUUCCUAACUGAGUUCAAAGAGAAACACUAGCCCACCUCAGCAUCGUGUGGGCGGUGGAAUCUGUCUGAAUGACCAGCGUGACAGC